CACACAUACGCACAGGCCGCUGUGUGGCGCUAUUUUACUUUCUCGCAAUAUGGCGGCCUCUUCGUUUCAGACGUAUAAAUAAAAGUGAUAACGGGCUGAUUAAUCGACAAACUAUUCAGUGUUGAAGCAUUUAAAUAAAAAAAACACCAGUAACAAUGCCAGUUCCCGGUGGUUAUUAUCAGCAGCAGGGACCAACGUGCUUUGAUAGAAUGAAAACGGGUUUCACGAUCGGUUUCUGCGUGGGAAUGGCAUCUGGUGCACUUUUCGGUGGAUUCACGUCACUAAGGUAUGGAUUACGGGGUCGAGAGUUAGUAAACAGCGUUGGCAAGGUAAUGCUUCAAGGAGGAGGGACUUUUGGAACGUUUAUGGCAAUUGGAACCGGCAUUCGUUGCUAGCAUAAAUUAAACUGUAUAUAACUUUAAUAGACUGUCUAGCAUUGUAUAAUUCCGAAAUAUAUUCUUGUUUUUUCAAAUAAAAUA